UCAUCCUCUGUCACACAUUAUAUAACUCUACUCUGUGAAAUUCUGAAUACACUCGUUUAUAUCCGCCCAAAACCCCACCGCUUCUCCUCAACCAGCAAUGGCGGCAGCCACCGCAUCCACCGCCUCAUUCUCCACCGCUCACCUCUUCCGCUCCUCCUCCCUUAACCUCAAACAGCCUCUCUCCCUCCCCUUCACCAACCGCCGCCGCCUCCCCGCGCAACCACUCCGCUUCUCCGCCCUUCCCAAAAUCUCCGCCACCAUCUCCGUCGGCGACAAGCUCCCCGACGCCACCCUAUCCUACCUCGACGCGUCCGACGAGCUCCAGACCGUCUCAAUCGCCGACCUCACUUCGAAUAAGAAGGCAAUUUUGGUCGCCGUGCCGGGGGCCUUCACCCCGACGUGCUCGCAGAAGCACCUCCCCGGAUUCGUGGAGAAGGCGGCGGAGUUCAAAGCGAAGGGCGUCGACACCAUCGCCUGCGUCUCCGUCAACGACGCCUUCGUGAUGAAGGCGUGGAAGGCGGAUCUGAAGAUUGGGGAGGAGGUGCUGCUGCUUAGCGACGGCAACGGCGAUUUCACGAGGGCGAUUGGGUGUGAGCUUGAUUUGAGCGACAAGCCGAUUGGGCUUGGCGUGAGGUCGCGCCGCUACGCUAUGUUCGUGGAGGAUGGCGUUGUGAAGGUCCUCAAUUUGGAGGAUGGCGGCGCGUUUAAUGUUAGCAGUGCUGAGGAUUUGCUCAAGGCGGUUUGAGAUUGAGAUUUCGUUUUUCUGAGUUUUUUCUUUAUGAUUAGGUUAUGGAAUUGAGAUGAAUUGUGUUUUUUUUUUCUGUUUUUGAGGAGUAGUUGUGAUUGUGUUUGGAAUUUCAAUAAAAAGUGGAAUGAAAUUGAAACUAGGGUUCAGAUUU